CAAUUGACAACACAACUGAGCACGUGUUCCUCAGAGCCUUUGGCGUUGCUGAAUUGGUAGACAGUCGGUGUGCGGGUGCAGAGUUUGGACCGGACACCUCAGCCCCAUCCUCCCAGCCAGGCCAACAUGCCAGGCCCGCAGCGGCGGAAGAAGAUGCACCACGGCGACACGCACCUGAAAAAGCGCUGGCGGCUCCGCUGCCGCACCAAGGAUCUGGACGAGAUCGAUGCGGACCUGGAGAAGAAGAAUGCCGAAAAGCUGCUGAACCAAGAGAUGGACCUGGAGAAGCCGGGCUUCGCCCAGUUCUACUGCAUUCACUGCUCCCGCCACUUCAUCGACCAGACGGCUCUCGACGACCACUUCCGGACCAAGGUGCACAAGCGGCGGCUCAAGGCGCUGGAGGACGAGCCGUACUCGGUGGCCGAGUCGGAGCGAGCUGCUGGCAUGGGCAGCUACGUGCCGCCCAAGAAACGGAGGAUGGAGACGCUGCGCCGUGAGGGCGAGGCCAAGAUGCCACGACCGGCACCAGAGGAGGGCCCGGCGACGGAGGCAGCGGCGUCACCGACCGACAAACCCCAGCCGGCUGGCUAGUGCGCUGGCCGCCGCCGCCGACCGCUGCUCUGUGAUGUUGUGUGCUGAACUAAUGUUUACCUGCUAGGGGCUGCGUGUCCUGGACGCGACGCUUAAUAAAGGGAU